AAGUUCAAAGAGAACGCAGAGGAAUGGACUAAUUUCGGUGAACAUGUGGCGAACACCAUGGUCAAGGUAGCUUCAGCCAUAGAGUCCGAUGAUGUGUCAGCGGAAGAGGCGAAACCAUGGGUGGAAAGUGCCACAGAGCUUGACGGGUAACGCGCUACAGAAGAUAAAGUCCGAAAUUGAAAGACGGGGAAAAGUAGAAACACGAUCGACUAUCAGAAAAACAUUCUCUUACUUGAAAGACCCGGGAAGAAUUGAUGGCCUAAAGAAGGAUUUUGACAAAGCAUUGGCAUCGUUUCAGGUUAGGACGAACUUGAUAACCAGUGCCAAGUUAGCGGCCAUAGAACGUCGUCAACGCGAAGACAAAAUUCUCGAUAGUCUCCGAGACCCUUCUAUUACCCGUGAUGAUCCUACCCAGGCGUGCCUAGAAGGCACCAGGGUUGAUCUUAUUGAGCGUAUCAUGACAUGGUGUCGCAACACUGGGGAUAGCGAGAACCGGCUAAUGCUGUUAACUGCUGUGGCUGGUGCCGGCAAGACUUCGAUUGCACUCACAAUAGCAGGACGGUGUGCCAGUGAAGGGGACAUCACCUUGCUGCUGCACUUCCUCUUUAAAGCGGGCGAACGGUCGCGGCCUGAUUUUCUAUUCAGCGGCAUAGCUCAAGCUUUGGCAGACCAUGACCCUGUUUACCGUACUUUCAUUACCUCGGCUCUUCGAAAUGACCCUAGUCUCUCAACGGCUUCAUUUGUGACGCAAUUCAAGAAAUUGGUGGCUCCCUCUCUGCUCCAUAAACCUCCACCUUCCGACCGUCCUAUGGUGAUCAUCAUCGACGCUUUGGAUGAAUGUGACAAGACAGUGUUUGAGUCCCUUGCCGAAAUUCUUGGGGACGAAGUGCCGAGACUACCAUCCUCAGUCAAAUUCUUCAUUACAUCGAGACAAUUUGAUCUCGUGAAUCGCUACCUCUCCCCCAAUUACCCCAUCGAUCGUCUCACUAUUGAUCUCUCGGAUGAGGCAAACGUGCAAGACUGUGAUAGAUACAUACGCUUCGAGCUGCAAAAGCUAAAGAGGUUACAUCGAGAUUUACAGCGUAAUCUUCAGGAUGAGGAUAGAAUGGUACAAGAGAUCUCAGAACGAGCAAAUGGCUUGUUUAUCUGGAUCAGUACCAUCUUUGGCUACAUGAAGACGGCCAACAAGGAUCCUAUGAGGACACUAGAAAGCCUGCUCGACACGGGUGCCAAACGACCAGAGGUCCCUGCCGAGAAGAUGAUGGAUGACUUGUAUGCAAGCAUUUUGAAGAAGUGUGCUUGGGAGGAUGAAGAUUUUGCACACGAUUACCCAAUCAUGAUGGGAGCAAUUUUCAUCGCUCAGCAGCCUCUGUCCAUCGGAGCCUGGGAUGUGAUUCUGUCACCUUUCCUCAAGUCUUCUGUUCGAUAUGUGUUGGCUGAACUUGCACCUCUCCUCUCAGGAGUUGAAGAUUCCGACAUUCCGGUUCGCAUCUUACACCAAUCUUUCCGCGACUCUAUUGUCGAUCGGAUCGAUCCCCAAACAAUCAGCUCUCGUUGCACUCCCGUAGCUGUGGGGGUGGAGAAUGCCAGGGUUGCCCUGCGAUGUACCGAGAUUUUGAACGAGGAUCUCUGCUCUGUAGAGGGUUUAGGACUGAUUGAAAACUCGUCUCAAAAAGAUGAAAUGUCGAGUAUUCCUCCAGAGGAGUUUUCUGAGCACUUUCGUUAUGCAAGUCAUCACAUUGUCCAUCACCUCAGUGGAGUUCAGGAACCAUCACAGGAGCUUGCUGUGUCAGUUGGUAUGUUUCUGAGUCAGGAAGCGACUCGGUGGGUGGAAGUCUGUGUGAGAAUGGGAAGCUAUGUCAGUGUCUUGUUACUCCCUGAGUGGGCUAAGCUAGCUGUUGACCAUAGGGCUGUUAGCACACUGGCGAUUGCGCUUACCUGGCUUCCGCGGAAUUUGAGAUUUUUUUCAAGAUUCCAUGAGGCUUAUGAGGCAGCAAACGAUUCUGUCGCACUCUGCCGUUACCUUCUUUUUGUAGACUCAAGUUCCUACACCCCGCAUUUGGCCAGGUCACUCGCCUGUCUAUAUGAUGCUCUUUACGCACUCGGAUGGCAUUCGGAGGCACUCCCAUUCAUCGAAGAAAGCGUCAAACUCCGACGCCAACUAGUUGCUGUUAACCCAGGAUCAUACACCCCGCAUUUGGCCGAGUCACUCAACAAUCUAUGCAAGGCUCUUUCCAAUCUCGGACGGCACUCAGAGGCGCUCGCACCUGCCGAAGAAAGUGUCAAACUCCGACGACAGCUAGUUGCCGUUAACUCAGAAGCAUACACCCCAUAUUUGGCCAAGUCACUCCACUAUCUAUAUAAUGCUCUUUCCGGUCUCGGACAGCACUCGGAGGCGCUCCUAUCUAUCGAAGAGAGCGUCAAACUCUGCCGCCAGCUAGUUGUCAUUGACCCAGGAUCAUACACACUGGAUUUGGCCAUGUCACUCGACAGUCUACAUAAUGCUCUUUCCAAUCUCGGACGGCACUCGGAGGCGCUCCCAUUCAUUGGAGAAAGCAUCAAACUCUUCCGCCAGCUAGUUACCGUUAAUCCAGGAUUAUAUGCUGCGGACUUGGCCUUGUCACUCAACAAUCUAUAUAUGACUCUUUCGGGUCUCGGACGGCACUCGGAGGCGCUCCCAUUCAUCGAAGAAAGUGUUAAGCUCUACCGCCCGCUAGUUGCUAUUAACCCAGGAGCAUACACCCGAGAAUUGGCCAGAUCAGUCAACGAUCUACGUGAUGCUCUUUCUAAUCUAGGUCGUCAUUCCGAAGCACAAAUGGUUCACAUUUGAGCGUGAUCUCCCCAUCAUUGCAUUGCCCACACUGCUGCCUGCCUACGGUGGGCGAGCUUGAAUUGGAUAUUCGGCUCGCCAACGC